GCUCAUGAGUCCUUUCCCACUCAGAUCCGGGGCUCCCGGUCCCGAGCCCUCCCAGACAGGGCCCUGGUCAACUGUCAGUACAGCUCUGCCACCUUCAGCACCGGCGAGCGCAAGCGGCGGCCGCAUGGGGACCGGAAGUCCUGCGAGAUGGGGCUGCAGUUGCGUCAGACCUUCGAGGCAGCUAUCCUUACGCAGCUGCACCCACGCUCCCAGAUUGACAUCUAUGUGCAGGUGCUGCAGGCAGACGGUGGGACCUACGCCGCUUGUGUGAAUGCAGCCACGCUGGCCGUGCUGGAUGCGGGGAUACCAAUGCGGGACUUUGUGUGUGCCUGCUCAGCGGGCUUUGUGGACGGCACAGCCCUGGCGGACCUCAGCCACGUAGAGGAAGCAGCUGGCGGCCCCCAGCUGGCCCUGGCCCUGCUGCCAGCCUCGGGCCAGAUCGCGCUGCUUGAGAUGGAUGCCAGGCUGCAUGAGGACCACCUGGAGCGGGUGCUGGAGGCCGCUGCCCGGGCUGCCCGAGAUGUGCACACCCUGUUGGACCGAGUGGUCCGGCAGCAUGUACACGAGGCCUCUAUCUUGUUGGGGGACUGAGCGUCCUGCCAGCUGUGCCCAGAAUAAAAUCCACACACCAUACU